CCGUGGCGGCGGGCGGCGGCGGCGGCGGCGGUGGCGGCGGCGGCGCAGCCCUCCGCGGGCCAUGUCUUCUCCGGACGUGGCUAGGAGCUCCCCGGGGGGGAGCCGGGAGAUGGCGCCCGCGCCGCGGGGCCGGGGCCGGUUCUGGGAAGUGGGCGGCGGCGGCGGCGGCGGCGGCGGCGGCGGCGGCGACCGGCUGGAGCGCGCGGCGGCGGAGUCGGGGCGCUGGGAGCUGCUGCUCCGCCGCGGCGAGCUGCUGGCGCUGGGCGGCCACCUCAAGGGAGCGCUGGAGGCGUACGCGGCGGCGCUGCGGCGCGGGGCCCCGGUCAGGCCCGACUGCCUCGGCACCCUGGUGGACUGCCUGGUGCUCAGCUACCGGCUCCGCCACGGGCUGGGCUGGAGCGCGGCCCCGGCGGCGGGCGCGGACCCCGGGGCCGGCGGGCUGCUGCGCUGCCUGGGCUGCCGGGGCUUCCUGAGCGAGCCGGUGACCGUGCCCUGCGGCCACAGCUACUGCCGUCGCUGCCUGCGGAGGCAGCUCCGAGCCCGCUGCCGCCUGUGCCGGGACCGGCUGCCGCCCGCCGCCGCCGCCGCCGCCGAUGCCGAGGGCACCACCCCGCGGCCGCCGCCUCCCGCCGCCGCCGCCGCCGCCGCCGCCGCCGCCAUCGCCGCCCCGGGCUUCAGGACCAGCGUCGUCCUCAACCACCUGGCCGAGAAGUGGUUCCCGGGCCAGCGGGAGCGAGCCCGCGCGGCCGGCCGGCUCGGGGACCUGCUGCACCAGGGACGCUACCGGGAGGCCCUGGCCGCCGCCUGCGAGGCGCUGCGAGCAGAGCCCAGUGAUGUGACUCUAAAAAUUUACCGAGCGGAAUCAUAUGCUGGUCUUCAAGAGUUUAAAGCAGCCAUAGAAGAUUUAAAUGCAGUUCUCUUUCAACUGCCAAAUUGGCCUGAGGUCUACUUCAGGAAAGGAAAAGUACUCCAGGAUGCUGGUUUUUUAGGUGAUGCCUUACAACUAUUUCUUCAGUGCUUAGCCCUUGAUGAGGAUUUUGCACCUGCAAAGCUAGAAGUAGAAAAGAUUUUAUGUGAUUUAUUAUCACCUGAAAACUUAAAAGAAGGCCUGAAGGACUCUUCCUGGAGUUCAUUGCCAUGUAUUAAAAACAAGCCUUUUGGUUUUCCUUCAGUAAUGGAAGAGUCUCAUUCUGCCAGUGAGCUUAGUCCAGAGCAGAAUGAAGAAGUACCAGAGGUCACAUCAGAGCUUAUCAGAGGAAGCUUAAACCGGGCUUGGUCAGCACAGGCUAUAAAUUCAGCAGAAAUGCCUGCCAGAGAGGACUGUUUAAAAAGAGUGUCCUCAGAACCUUUACUCUCUGUUCAAGAAAAAGGUGCUCUGCUGAAAAGAAAGUUGUCUCUUUUAGACCAGGAUGUGAUUGUAGAUGAAGACGGAAGAAAUAAGCUUAAAAAACAAGGAGAAACUCGCAAUGAAGUCUGUACAUUUUCAUUAACUUCUGGUGACAUCCCAGAAGAAUUAAUAGAUGUCUCAGAUUUUGAGUGUUCUCUCUGCAUGAGGUUGUUUUUUGAGCCAGUAACAACCCCUUGUGGACACUCAUUCUGUAAGAAUUGCCUUGAGCGUUGUUUAGAUCAUACACCAUAUUGUCCUCUUUGCAAAGAAAGCUUAAAAGAGUAUCUAGCAGAUAGGAGGUACUGUGUCACACAGCUGUUGGAAGAAUUGAUAGUGAAGUAUCUGCCUGAUGAGCUGUCUGAGAGAAAAAAAAUAUAUGAUGAAGAAACUGCUGAGCUCUCACACUUGACCAAGAAUGUUCCAAUAUUUGUUUGCACUAUGGCCUACCCCACUGUGCCUUGCCCUCUUCAUGUAUUUGAGCCAAGAUACAGAUUGAUGAUUCGAAGAAGUAUACAAACUGGAACUAAACAGUUUGGGAUGUGUGUCAGUGAUACACAAAAUAGUUUUGCAGAUUAUGGUUGUAUGUUACAAAUUAGGAAUGUACAUUUCUUACCUGAUGGAAGGUCUGUGGUUGAUACAGUUGGAGGAAAGCGGUUUAGGGUUUUAAAAAGAGGAAUGAAAGAUGGAUAUUGCACUGCAGACAUUGAAUAUCUGGAAGAUGUUAAGGUUGAGAAUGAAGAAGAGAUCAAGAAUCUCAGACAGCUUCAUGAUUUGGUAUACUCACAAGCCUGCAGCUGGUUUCAGAAUUUAAGAGACAGAUUUCGAAGCCAAAUUCUUCAACACUUUGGCUCAAUGCCUGGGAGGGAGGAAAACCUUCAGGCAACCCCUAAUGGACCCGCAUGGUGUUGGUGGCUUCUUGCAGUUCUUCCUGUAGAUCCCCGAUACCAGCUGUCAGUUUUGUCAAUGAAGUCUUUGAAAGAACGAUUGACAAAGAUACAGCAUAUACUGACUUAUUUUUCUAGAGACCAAUCUAAGUAACUGCUUGGAUCUUCCUUUAAAGUUACCCUAAUCUGGCUGUGUUGAUGGCCAGAUUGUCUGCUGCCUUUUGCACAUCCAGUGCUGGUUUGAGAAAUGUAAUGAAACCUUUUUUUUUUUCCCUUCAACCUUCAACCUUUUUUUCCCUUCAACCUGAAUCAUGUGGUUCUGCAAAUGAAUACCUUCAACUAGGACUUAAGACCACUAAGAACUUGCACAGAAAAACACGCACUGAAUGUGUGUCAAACCUCUACAUUGUGAUGAAGUUGCACUAUGUACCAUAUUCUAAAACGAAAUGAGAACUGUGUGUAUGUGGGGUGUGUGUGUGCGCGCGCGUGUGUGCAUUUUCUCUGGCUUUAAAAUUAAAAAAAAAAAAAAGCCAUAGAGAGCAGACCUUGCUGAGGGUUGGUUAUUGCCCAAGUUUACAACAGUAGUGAUACAAGUUUUUGCGAGUUGAAUUUGCCUCAGAUAAAUCUGUCCUAAUGCUUCUAUUUGCACAAGUAUGUAAACUAUGGUAUUGAGUAUCACUCUUUGUUGGAAGUACUGCUCUUGCUGAACUGUCUUGACCAUUGACUAUGACACAGUUUCUUAUUUAUGUAAAUACUUGCAUCCUAGUGGCCAACAGGCUUUGGAUGCAGGACCUAGAGCCAGUUUUCAGGAACAAUUGCAAACCUGCCAUGGUACUGUGCAUCUAUUCAUAAAACACUUAAAACUGUGAAACUAUGGUUUACAUUUAAUUGUACAUAAAGGUAAAUGGAGAACUCAAUUCAGUACCAGUUAGUUUGUACAUUUUAGGGGACUUUCCACAUUAACUGCCCAUCUAUAUAAUUUAUAGUUUGACAUGAUGUGUUUGUUUAAAAAAAAUUACAUAGUAUAAAUCCAUUAAGGAUCUGGGGGAAGAGAAGAAGCUUAAUGUAGAACUAAGCUUUUAAAGUAUGUUUUAUUUUUUAAUUCUGGUCUUGGUGCAAAUGUUAGUUAUGCCUUAUUCAUAUCACAAUUAGAUCACCAUGCUGUGACAUGGUUUAUAUUCAUGCUGCCCUAGAUACUUUUGUAAUUAUUUGUUGCAAACUUGUGACUGUCCCUAUUAACUUUCUUUUAUGUAAGUACUUUGUAAAAGUUUCUUAAACUUUUGCUUUUGCUUAUUUAAUUUUGAAUAAAAGCUAAAUUCAUAAUAAUUUUUUUCUUAAAUUUUAGGUCAGUGUCAUAAAGAUGAGAUUAGUUUUGCUUACUGUUUUGUAACAUGAGAUAUAAGCUUAUACUUUUCAAACUAUUUUUUGGGUCAUUUUUUUGACCAAACAAUGCAGUGUCUUAACAUGGCCUUAGGCCCUAAAACAAUCCUUUAAAGUACGAUUUUUCAGCAUUUAAAAAAGCCAUGUCCCUUUAGGAUAAAGACCAAAUUCUUCAUCUUACCCCCAUUUGAGACUCCUUGAUUAAACAUCAGGACCCAAUUACCCAGGUAGCAUUUUCCAAACAUAUCAUUUAACAGUGAAGAUUUUUAUAUAAAAUAUAUUCGGAAAUGACUGCCUAGUGAACCAUCCUUUGCCUCCAUGAUUAUGCUAAUUGAGAAUUUUAUCUAGAGUGGGCCAUUCCCCAAAAGCACUUUAUCAACAAUCCUGGAGUGUUAAACUUUCUUAUAAUAAACUAUUGAAUGCCUGUUAAGUAGUGUCUGGGUAGUAAUAUACAUGCAAAGUUAACCUAUAAUUCUUGAACUGUAUAUGAUAAGGAAGUAGGAUUUACCUGGUGCUGAAUCUUCAUCUGUGACACGUGUGUGCAGACACACAAAUGGGCAUUAAAUGAUCGCUGUGUACAUAUA